UCGACUUCUGGCCGUCACUAAUUCUGCAAAAACUUUUAAAGACGUGCGGCUGAAUUGUAUUUCCCACUUUCCUGACAUGCUUUUAGAAUUAACUAAUUAGAGCAAUUAACUAAUUAGAGACAAUUGUUGGAAUUUAAAUAACUGAAGUCUUUUUCAAUUUUGUUUGGUUUUUCUUCAAUAUUUCUGUGAUUGAGACAUUUCUUUUGGCCCCUUGUGCGUUUGAGAGCGUACAUGUAAAGUUUGUUUCAAAGCAUCCAUUUCGUAUCAAGUUGCAAGCUCUUCAAGGCAUUUGUUUAUGCCGCCACAGUCUGACUCGUCAAAAAGUCUUGUGACGACAUUUCCUGAAUUCGAGAAUAAUUUAACUCAAGCGUAGUCGACAUAUUACGAUAUUUUGCAACUUUAUAAAGCUCUUUAAUUUCCAGAUAAUUGUCUAGUAAUUUACUGGAAAGAUGGAUGUAAAAAAUGAUCAAUCGAAUCUAAUAUUCUGUAAAGGAAUCAAGGAGCUGAGUCCUAAACCCCCACCCGCAUCGAUUCUCAUUACCUACUACAUGAGUCCUGUCGAAUUUUGCUACAUAAGCUGCCAGAAUGUGAGGGACUCGGCCCGAAUGUUGAGGAACCUGGAAAAGAAUUUGGAGAAGUACUGCACACCUGAGAGGAUGCAACAGAAGUAUGAGUUGCAGGAGAUCGUCAUUGUCCGGUACUUGGCUUGGAAUGAGCCGCGACUGAUCAGGGGCCAAGUGAUGGUGCAAAAUGAUGAGGAGUACCUGGUGUGGGUAGUGGACUAUGGCUUCAGUCUUUCUUGCAAGAACACCGAUCUGUGGCCACUGCCUAACCAAUUAUCAAAGGUUGUUUUUAAGAUGAAAAGGGGUGGAGUGGCUUCUAUCGUGCCCUACAAUGGCAAUGAUUGGUCGGUCUCUGGCCGUCAACUCUUUGGCAAGCUUCUGGAGAACGCUACCGACCUCACAUUCGAGGCCAUGUAUGAAGACGCUUCAAGGAAUACAUCUUAUGGCAAGCUCACAAUCAGAUCUCCGGGUAAUGAGGCCGAAAUCGAUGGUGCUGCCUUUUUGGUUGAGCGAAAGUGUGCCAGCACCCCGACCCAGAUAGUCCCAUUGGUCAUGUCUAAGAACACUUGGGCGUUUGAGAUGGCGGAGAUUAAUGAUCGACUAAUCAAGCCGAGCCACCGUGUGGCACAAUUUUUCCAACUGGUUGAUGAUUUUGCACCACCUGUAGUCAAACCCGAUACCAAGACCCAUCUGUCUAAGCUCGUCAGGGACCAGGAGGUAACAUUCGGAGACGUUCGCUUUAAUUAUGUCCAGGCUCUUGGCAAAACAGAGAAAUGGUCCAAAUAUGGGAAAAACGAGCGCACAUUGGCGAAUCCUGAGAUAAUGGAAGAGUUCCUUUUGUGUCGCAAUGAGUUCACAGUUCCUGCCACUGCCAAACGGCUCAGCAAGGUCAAUACCCGCCAGGAGAACUCCGGAGCAAGUGGCUCUAUCUGUGACGCUUUGAAGAUUCCUGGAAGGCUAAACAUUUUGGAAUGUUACAGAGGAUUGGAUUCUACAGAUGACUCUAAAUCGAAACAGGACAAUAUUUCUAAAUUUAAAAAUACACUUCCUUUCAAUGUACCCACGUCUGUGCUUUUAAACUGUGGCCUUUCCCAAAUAAUCAAAUCGGAACAACCCAAGCAAAUUAAAUCGUCAUCCAUAUCCUCGCGGCUUAUUUAUUCGCCGUCUACCUCCGAGCAGUUGAAGGAGAGAACUGUGGGUGAUAUGCCCCAGACCACUGGAGGUCCUGCAGUAAACCCUGAUGGUCAGGAAGCCAAUGAAGGAAUAUCUUUAAGCAAUUGCUUACUAGCCCAUAGCUUGGAACCAACCACACCUAUAAGGGAGUUUGAAAAGAUGGCACUUUGCCACACAGUGAAAACAGCGUUGAAGGAUCGUUUCUUCCACACCCUAAUGCCGUUGCAGCAAUACGCCUGGCCGCAUCUAUGCGCCGGAGGUUCCAUGAUCCUCGUUAACAGCAGUGUUACAGUUCGUACGUGGAGUUACCUGCCCGUACUUUGCUCCACCGUGCUGAACACUCUCAAUUCGGCACCAACUUCAACUCGUUCCACAGCCGGGCCUUUAGCCAUUCUGGUAACGGAGUCUCCGGCCAACGCCAGUACUCUCUUCAAAGAAAUCUCCUAUUUGAUGCAGAACCAAGAGACACAUUACACAAAAGUCGUCAACGGACACGCCUACUCCGAGCGUGACUUAAUCUUUAUGCUGCUCAAUGGGUUUGGCAUCCUGGUGACGACGCCACUGCAAUUUCAUUCCAUAAUUAAGGAAAAACUACAUUUCAUUGACAAGAACAGAGUGCUUUUCGUUGUCCUGGACGACAUCCAGCCGAUGCAAGUGGAGUACCCGGAAAUAAUGGAUAAUGUGAUGCGGAGUCUGAACGAUUUUAGAAAUCCCAAAACGCAGAUUAUCAUAAUAACCCAGAAGUGGCAGUCAAGGCCGUUCCAAAAGCUGCUGAAAUCCAUCCCCAAUCCUCUUAUUCUAUUCGGCGAUUUUCUCGAGGCGGCCAUGUACGGAAAACUGGCACUAACCUUGAAUGUGCAGAGAGAGGAUCAAAAGGACGGUGUAUUGCUGUCGUUCCUGGCGUCACAGAAACCUCUGAGGAAGCUCACGAUGAUCUACUUUAAAAGUGAGAGCGAACUAGCAGGAUAUAAAACAAUGCUAAUUAAAGCCGGAUACGAUUGCAUCGGAAUUUCGAAGGCUGAGGAUCAGCAACCGCACCAGCUGCUAUUGGUUAGCGACCAACUAGAUGUCGCACAACUACCUGUCCGGAAUAUCGAGGUGCUCAUACACAACAGUCUUCCAGUGUCCUGGACUAAGUUUUGCCAUCGAUUCCACGCCCAGGCGGACAACAUUCCGAACUUGGUUGCUCCACCCACGGGCCACGAGAAACACAUCACCAGUCUUGUGCUGCUGGAUGAGAACAACAAGAAGGAGCUGAUUCGACUGGUGGACUUCCUUCAUUUGCACGGCAUCACGCCGAGCAAGGAGAUAGCUCAAUUGGCGCAGUCCUGUCACGAGGAGGCGGUUGGAAGUCGUCCGAUUUGCCCGUACUAUCUUAAUAGUGGCCACUGUCACUUGAUCAACUGCAACAAACGGCACGAAUUCAUUAAAGCAGAUAUGCCAGAGCCCGGUGAUCCCCUCAUGCAACCAGAAACCGAGAUCCGGUGCAAGCUGAUCAAGACCUACGAUCCAGCCCACUUGGCCAUGUGGCCAUUGCAGUUCAAGACCAAACGAGAUGGCUGUUGGAUAGAUGUCGCGAAUCACGUCAGUCAGUGGACUCUAUCGCUGGAAAUGAGUAAGGGAGAGCUGCGUAAGAUGCACAACCCGUACCGUCUGAACGAUGUUUGCGUGGUGAUCCGUAAUGGCCAAGUCCAGCGUGUACGGAUUGUGGACAUUCCCUCCAGGCGCCCUGUUGUCGUGCAACUGAUGGAUCACGGCUCAGAACUGCUGCACAUAAAGCCGUGCGAGUUAUUCGAGUGUCCUGACAUGAAGUUUGCCAAUCAGCCGCCGAUGGCUCUCAAUAUCCGACUGUCUGGAGUGCAGCCAGCCAAUUCAAUGGGCGUGUGGUCGGGAGAUUCCACCAAGUGGACUCACAAUAAGUUGGGAAACAUCGGAAAUAAUAUGCAUUUGCAAGUCACCGUCGACUUUGCUCUGCUGAAUGUGAUCUAUGUGAAGGAAAUCGUUUUGAUCGAAGAGUGCCCACGAAUGCGCACGAGUAUCUACAGAGUAUUACUAAGUAAGGGACUGAUUUCUAAGGGAUUCGCUAAAGUCAUGAACACGGAUUUAAAUCCGGAAGCGAAGUCUGUUGAAGAGCGAGAAGUACAGGAAGUAGCUGAGCUUCAAACUAUGAAGAACUCACCGAAAUCUAAAGACUCCACUUCGAACACGAAUUCGAAAGAGACUCCUUCACUUUCAGUUAAAACCUAUCACUCCCCGAUAGGUGCUAUUACUAAGAUUUUAGCCGAAGCAAAGUCCAAGAUUAUCGAAGAAACCCCAAUACAAGAGGUGGUUGAGAAAGACGAUAAAGUCGUGCCAGCUCAGAAGCCCAUAGAAGUCACCUUAUCGGUCGAGGAAGACCAAGCCGAGGACCAAGACCAAUCACUGGACUAUUCUUUUGGAAAUUCUAACGCCUUCCUUAGCGCUCUCCUCUACCAGGCGACAACAAGUCCACAAGAAACGGACAAUAAUCCCACAGAAGACAACUUAGUGGUCAAGAAUAAUCAGACCGAAGACCAAUCCCUAGACUUUCCUACUGAAAAUUGUAACGCCUUCCUUAGGGCUCUCCUCUUCGAAGUGGCGACCAGAAGUCCUUCGAAAAAGCAAGAUACCAAAGACUUACUAUCCACCUUACUCGAGGAAGAUCCAAUUCAAGAGGAGCCUACAAAGCCCAAAGCUGUAAAGGCCCUGAAACUCCAUAAGGUAGCGAAAAAGGAGCCACAGGAGCCUUCGCCUGAGGAUGUGGCAGCGUCCUUGCGGUGUGCUCAAACCGUCGACGGAACAGUAAAUCCCAAGGUGAAGUGGCACCAGGACCUUUCCCACAUCACCUUGGUCAUCGAGCAGAAAGUGCCGGAAUACGAACUCGUUCUAGAAAACAAUUCAUUGGUCUAUAUGGUGUCAACGAUAUCGCCGCGCCAAUGCUGCAUCCUGAAUCUGCUGGGCGAGGUGACUAUAGAAUCGGAGAAGCAGAUUGGCUUUUAUCUGCACAUCAAGCUGGCCAAGGUGGGUCUGAUGCAGCUCUGGCCCUCUCUUCUCAACUCCUUAUACGCCCAGCAGAAUGCCCCCUGGCUGGUCUACGAUACGGAGAGCGAUAAGGAGCCGGAGCUAUCUAAAGUGAUGCGUCUGUGGGACAGCUUUGAGCGCAGGCGUGCAGAUAAGGAAGAGGAUUCCUCGUCCGAUGACGAUUAUGCUUCCUUCGAUGAAUCUGACUCUGCCAUGUGCGAUGAUCUAUAGGAGGGCUACUCUUGACUUAACCUGAGACUUAAAUAUGAUUCUAUAAUGUUUAUAUAUUCUAUAUAUUCUAUUCUAUAAUGUAAAACAUGGACUAAAAAUGUGUUAUGGGAUUUUUUUUAUAAACCACGUGUGUGUGGUAUGCGGGCUGUAUUGAAGAAGCAAGAUAACGUUAUGAUUAAUAUUUUUCUAUUUUUGAUAGAGAUUAUCUUAUCCUUAAGCUAAUAACUAUUAAAUAUAUUUUGAUAAUAAUCCUGUUAUAGACUAUAUAGAAUAUAUGGUUUAAAUCGGACAUAACGUUAAUAUAAGCAAAAGGUUAAAAAUGUCUAUAAAUGAUUUAAUAUUCAUUUUUAAUUUUUUUUUUAAUCUGACUUGAAUUAGUUAAAAAUAUAAAUUUAUCCAGCAUUUUAGGAAAUGAUAAAAAAUUUCUUACACUGUAUUUUCCUCACGUGCUUGUUUUGGACGUUUGCCAACACUCAUGGACGGCAUGGCAACCCUGUGACGUUUCCCACAGGCUUCGGUCUUGAUCGUUGUUUACUUUGUCAACUGAGUUCUAAAAUGACGUACCCGCUGAAGGAUAAACGAGAUGCUCGAUACUGGAAACAACAGGCAGCCACUUUGCCGGACUUCGUGCCGAAGGACGAACACAAACCCAAGCUGGCGGAGCUCCAACAUCGGGCCUCUAUAUUGUGGUCACCCCAACUGAAGGACCAGGACGAGAAGAACGUUCGAGACUACUUGGACUUCGCCGCCAGUCAAUAUGAAAUCGAGGAGGAACAGGCACUCUUCAUCUUACGUCAACAGGGCUUCGAUAUUGCGGUGGCCCGUCGACGUCUGGCUGGGAUUGAGACCGCCCGCGGUUGUCGCUACCAUCGUUGGAAGGCUCAGGACCUAGUUCAUUUAUCGAAGGCCUUCAAGAAGCAUGGAAACGACUUUAAGAAGGUCAAGGAGCAGCUGCCACAUGUCCCGCUCGCAGAACUUCGCCAGUAUUUUAACUUCAUGUACUCGGUCUGAGCACGAAGAUUGACAACGUUUACAAUACCCCUCCCAAAGAUAUUAUAUUUAAAACUAACUUAUAACAUAAGCCAACGUGAGGUUAUGAUAAGGAAGUCAUUUAUUACUGCAUUAAGAGCCUACUAUUAUAAGCUAUUCCGUUACUGUUACUAAGAUUCCCAGGUUCUGGGCAUGCUAAGAUAAGUGCCUCGAUGUAUGAAAGAGUUUUCUUUAUUGGAGCAUGAUACUCCUCCCAACCAUGUAUUACUCGAAUAUAAUUUAAGAAGUUACCAUUGUAAGAUACAUUUAUAUACGAGUGAACAUUUCUUUAUUUCGUUACAGCAUACAUUUUCGUUAUUCUCUUAGGCUUUACUAUUACCAAGCGUUAAUAUAUUUGUAUAAUACAUUGAUAAGACCACAUCCAUAAGAUAAUAUCGUCCUGUGAGCGUAUGGGCCUUACGUUUACAGAAAUUGCUUAAAUAUGUGCAACCUUAAGACUACACUAGUUUAUAUACAAAUCAUAAUACUUAAACCAAUGUUUGGCCUUUCAAAAUGAGGAAACAAAAAUAGGUUGUAAUGGAAGAUACAAAAAAAAGAACAUCAACCAAUUUAAAAAGUAACUUCGGCAUUGAAAAAUAGCUUUUUAAAAAACAAUAAUGCUCAAAUAAAGAUUUCAAUAAAGGUAUUUUCAAUCGGAAGAUUCAUAAACGAA